UAUUAUUUCUGUAUGUGGUUUAAAUGCAAGUCCCUAGAAUUUUCGUUUUUACACAUUGCAAUUAAUUAAAUUUUACAAAUUUACGUUACAGACGAAUAAAAAGAACUAUUAUGGUUUAUGAUUUUAAUUUUAAAAUGUUAAAUGGUAAAUACCGAUCUUCGUCAUAAUUCGGCAUAAUUAUUGUUAUUAUUAUUAUUGUUAUUGAUUAUAGAUCAUAGCCAUUCUAUUUCUGCAAUCUUCAUUAAAUUAUUUAAAUUGUUUUAAAUUUUAAAAUGUUUAUAAUUCACAACUAUUUUUUUGUCCUUUUGCCCUUAGGGUAUGCUAUUAAUAUUUACUAUGGAGACUGUUUUUAAAAAUAAUUGUUAUAAUUUUAUACCAACUAUAGUUAUAUCACUAUGGACAAAUUAGCUCAUAGCGAAAGCAUUGUGGGCAAAAGCUUUGAAUACUGGAAAAAUGUAUACGACCAAGGUAUUAUUGAUCGCCAUGCAAUUCAACUACGACUUAACCAUUUAAAAUAUGCCCUUAAUCACAACUUUAUUACCAAUGAAGAAUAUGAUGCACACCAAUUGAAAAUAACCUCAGAAAUAACUAACCAGUAUGAUCCGUCUUACACGGAUUAUAAACCAUGUUCAUUAAUGAAUUUUUGUAAAGCAUUAAAGACACAUAAUUUAACAGAUAACGUUAAAAUAAAUAAACCAUUGGUAAUUGAUAAACAUUCUGAAGAACUAACUUAUCAGGUACAAAAAUGUAUUAUAAAUACAUCAGAAAAUAUCAACCAGCAAAAUGGAGAGUUAGUUGCAGUACAUGAAUAUUAUCUCAAUGAAGAACAAGAAAAUAAUAAUAAUUUAACUGAAAUGCCAAAAAAAUCUAGGAAAAAACGUAAGAGAAAGAAAAAAUGUAAUAAUAAUGAUCGUAAAAGUAUAGACCAUAACAGUACUUCAAAAACUUUGGUAACAGACAAUUUUGAAGAUGAAUGUGAUGAGAAUUUGGAUAAUGCUAUUGUUAAAUCGAAAAAUACAGUAAAAAUAUUUAUUCGUCAAAUGAAUAACAAAGACAAGAACCAGAUUGAUAGAAAGGAAUCAUUUGUUUCAAAUCAAAAAUCUGCAAGAGAUAUGUUCAGUAAAAUGUUAAGAGAAUUUAAAAAGGAAAGAAUAAAAAUGCAAUGUUAAUUUUAUAAUAAACAAUAAUUGUUUAUCAUUUUUAAUCACAGAAUCUAAUACUGCAUAUAAAAAUCAAUAUAUUAUAUUCAUGUUCUAUACUUCUAUCAUUGAUUAUUAUUUAUUAUAUAGUAUGAUUCUCAUCA